AUGGACAAUACUGCUAGCGGGAUUGAAGAACCGGAGUUCAGCAGCCUUCGUACUGUUGUGUAUGAUGGUCUACCACUACGCCAGCUGACCUCUUUGGAAAUCAAUGAUAUGGAGAGAGCAACUGUUGCAAACGAAACAUGGGUACCGUUGGAAGGCAUGCAAAUCAUCGAUCUAGAGCUUGGAACAGAAUUGCAACUUAGCAACAGCAGCCUGGCUAAGCGGGGGGGAGACAACCGGGCAGUCAUGUAUGGAAGGAAUGGUUGUGAGGGGGUGGAAUAUCUUUCGGUAGCCCAUUUUGGUUGUGACCUCGCUUGCUUCAAUGUCAAAACUGGGGAGGGAUAUGGGUUUGGGAGUGCAUGGUUAUGGCAGCAAGUCCCUAUUUUCUAUAAGCCGACUGCUCAGAUUUACCACCAACUAGACUGUGAAGGCUCCAGAUCGCAAGAGGCGAAAGUUUACUUUGUGGGCUAUGAUUCCGCUUAUGAUGGCACGUAG